AUGGGAAGAGUGAGAAGAAGAACGAUUGGACCGGUUGGACAUGGCUGCGGAUUGAGGAUUGGUAAAGGGGAAAACCCCAGGUGUGGCUCUUAUGACCAUUACUUGUAUGCAUUAAAUUACAAAGAUCGCUGCUGUACCUACAAAAUUUCUUGUGGUGGAAGCAUUUAUGGUUCUCCUGCUAUUGACAUGGCACAAAAUAUAAUCUAUGUCACAUCUGCAAGUGGACUUGUGACUGCAGUAUCAUUUAAGGAACCAUCCUUCAGAGUUCUUUGGCAAUACGAAGCUGGUGCACCAAUUUUUGGUUCUCUCGCCAUAGAUCAUCAAAGUGGAAAAGUUAUUUGUUGUUUAGUGAAUGGCCUAGUUAUGGCAUUGAACUCACAAGGCUCUAUUGUUUGGAAGUGCAGUCUCAACAUAUUUAUUAGUGUCCAAAUCCAUAACUUGCUAUUAAAAAUCCAGGCAACUGUUGGUGGUCCUAUUUUUGCUGGUGCAUGUUUGUCACCCACGCUCCCUCAUCAGGUUUCUGGAGCCCUUCUUUGGGUAUACAAGGCUGGGGAUCCAAUUACUGCAUCUGCUUUUGUUGAUGAGCUGUUAACAUCAGAGUCAUCUGGACCAUCUGAGAGAUUUGCUUGUAUCUGCACGAGUUCUGGGAAGGUCCAUGUCAUUAGGAUUAGAGCUGAUGCUAAGUAUAAUCAGGAGCAAGCUGGUGAAGGUGUUAAAUCUGAGGAGUUGGUCCAAGGAGUGGCGUCCAUUAAUCUUCCAGGGGACAUAUUUUCUUCUCCCUUGAUGGUCGGUGGACGCAUAUUUGUUGGAUGCAGAGAUGACCGGUUACAUUGUCUCACCAUCACCACAUAG